AUAUUUCGUGGCAUCUUCCUCGUUAGUGUAUUAUAAAUAGAGGCAAUUGAGCAAUUAAACCAAACCAGAGCAAACUUGCAAAGUCUCAAGAGAGUUAAAAAAAAAAAAAAAAGAGACACACAAGCAACUGGUCUUGAGACACAAGAAACCAAAAAAAAAAAACAUGCUUGAUACCGCAGCUAUAUGGGGGAUAACCGGCACGACGGUGACGAGCUUCAUGUUCAUUUGGGCGAUAUACUCACAAUACGUCCCUCGCCAUCUCCGAAGCUACAUAGAGAAAUACGCAUACAAGAUGAUCGGAUGGGUCACCCUCUACGUCCACAUCAAGUUCAACGAGUACACGGACGAAGGUCUCAAAAGAAGCGAGAACUACGACGCGAUACGCAACUAUCUCUCAACCAACUCCGCGGCUCGUGCCCUGAGGUUAAAGGCAGACGAAUCCAAAAACAGCAAGGCCUUGGUGCUCAGCAUGGACGACCACGAGGAGGUUGAAGAUGCGUUUGAUGGCGUGAAGGUAAAGUGGUAUUCGAGUCUGAAGGAGAUUCAGACACAGUCUAGUGGUUAUGGUCGAAGCAGCUCGGGGGAGAGGAGGUUCUUUACUCUUACUUUCCAUAGACGACACAGAGGGAUGAUCAUUGAGAGUUAUAUAACUCAUGUUUUAAGAGAAGGGAGAGAGAUAGGGCUGAGGAACAGAGAGAGGAAGCUUUUCACUAAUAAUUCGAGCUCAGAAUGGUAUGCUUGGAGGUCAGGUAAGUGGAGCAAUGUACCUUUUCACCAUCCCGCGACGUUCGAGACUUUAGCUAUGGAUCCAGAGAAGAAAGAGAGGAUCAAGAAGGAUCUGGUAAAGUUUAGUAAAGGGAAAGAUUAUUACAAGAAGGUUGGGAAGCCGUGGAAACGAGGCUAUCUCUUGUUUGGUCCGCCCGGGACGGGGAAGUCAACAAUGAUAUCUGCAAUAGCGAACUUCUUGGAGUAUGAUGUGUAUGAUCUUGAGCUAACCACCGUGAAGGAUAACUCCGAGUUAAAGAAGCUGUUGCUUGAUACUAAAGGCAAGUCUAUUAUUGUGAUUGAAGAUAUUGAUUGCUCUCUCGACCUCACGGGGCAGAGAAAGAGUAAAAAAGAGGAGGAUGAAGAAGAAGAAGACGAGGAGGAGAAGAAGAAAGAGGAAGAGAAGAAGAAGAUGGAAGGUGAGAAACAGAGUAAAGUGACUCUCUCAGGGCUACUAAACUCCAUCGAUGGGUUAUGGUCAGCUUGUAGUGAUGAGAAGAUUAUUAUAUUCACAACCAACUUUGUGGAUAAGCUUGAUCCCGCGUUGAUAAGGAGAGGAAGGAUGGAUAACCACAUUGAGAUGUCUUAUUGUCGGUUUGAAGCGUUUAAGGUUUUGGCUAAGAACUAUUUGGAGAUUGAGACGCAUGAGUUGUAUGGAGAGAUUGAGAGGUUGCUUGAGGAGACCGACGUGUCGCCUGCUGAUGUUGCGGAGACUUUGAUGCCGAAGUCUGAUGAGGAAGAUGCGGAUGUUUGCAUCAAGCGUUUGGUUAAGACUGUGGAGGAGGAGAAGGAGAAGGCAAAGAAGCUGGCUGAGGAAGAAGAGAAGAGUAAAGCAGAGAGGCAAGAGAGAAGGAGAAAGAAGAAAGAGGAAGCAGAGGAGAAGAAGAAGAAGAAGAAGAUAGAGGAAGAAGACAAGAAGAAGAAGUCAGAGGAAGAAGAUAAGAAAGUUAAGGGUUCUGAAGAAAAUAGUGACCUUCAUGAGAGCAAUGGUACCAACUAAGAAGAUACAAGGAAAAUAGCCCAAUAAUGUAUUUUGUCUAUUUGUGGUGUACCAAUACCAUGUAAGAAUAUGAUG